CGGGGCAGUCGGCAGCGCCGCGGCGGGGAGGGCGGCCCAAGGUCGGAGGAAGGGGCUGCUGGGCGAGGCCAGGCUGGGCGGCGCUGCUGCGGCCCCCGCUGCCCGCCGAUGGAGUACGACUGGCUGGGCUUCGGCUACGCGACGCUGGUGGCGGCGGGCGGCCUCGUCGGCUACGCCAAGGCGGGCAGUGUCCCAUCACUAGCUGCUGGUCUUCUCUUUGGUGGCUUAGCAGGACUAGGCGCUUAUCAGCAGUCCAAAGACCCAAAGAAUGUGUGGCUUUCCCUUGUGGCAUCUGGAACCUUGUCUGCUGUUAUGGGAAUGAGAUUUUACAACUCCAGAAAAGCAAUGCCUGGGAUAAUUGCUGGUGCCAGUUUACUGAUGGUUGGACGGCUUGGAUUUGUGAUCAUGGAGAAGCCUCUUAAGCCAUAAAUCUGCAUCAAGUCACUUGUAUGAAGAUACGUGAUUGAGAAGCCUGAAAAUGCAACUGCCUAACUGUGCUGUGUAAAAGUGGGGAAGAACUGCUGUCUGUGUGCUGCAUUUUUCAUAUCAGUCCAUCAAACACAACCCACAUGCAUUAGGAUAUCAAGAGCCGCCCCUGUUGUGUCCUCAGUAUGGUAUUUGUCUUAACACUUAUGCACUGUGAAGCAAGAAAAGAAGAGUAUAGCAUUAAUUUAGCUUCCCUCCCUGCAGCUCACUGUAGGCAAAGGCCUCUUGGUGCUUGUGUGUAGACAGUUGCGGGAUUGAAACUUAAAUGUAGACCUGGACUUGUCACUCUAAAAUCAUCUGUACCUCUAGAAAAAGGGGAGAGAAGUUGCUAAUUUGUCACUAGUAAUUAAUACACCAAAUGCACUUACUAUGUUACUUCUCCCUUUCCUUGCCAGCUUAUCUGGUCAUAAUGUUUGUCAGUCAGGGACUUUGUUCUUCCACCACCGUGUGUUAGAACCUGGUCUUGCAAAACACAAUCAGGGAGCAGGUUGUGAGAGUUCUGCUGUAAUGCAAUGAAUGCAAACCUGUUACUUGCAGAUCACUUGUAAGCAAAAGUGCUCAGCUAGACAUAGUUCAUUUCACUUCUACAGAUUAUUAUUAAUCAAUCAAAAAUAUGCUGAAGUGUAAUUUGCAUUUAAAGAAAAUUAAAAAGUUAUUUUAAAUAAACCAA